CUGAAAAUGAUCGACAACGGGUACUCGUACGUGACGCGCGACAAUCUACGCUACACCGAGCUAAACGAUGGCCGUUCGUACGCCCAGAUGGGCACACUUGCCUCACCGCCGGCCAUGGCAAAUCGGGGCCUGUCCGAGUAUGACACCUCCGCCGUCCAUCUGGCCAACCAUCGCCCGUACGAUCCGGCACCACAGACCGCAUUCGAGCGGUACGAUACGGCGUACGCACCGCAGCGUACCGCACUGUAUCCAGCGGCCGCCUACGGCUACACGCAACCGACGAUCAUCGACGACGAGCAGAAGUACCUCGGUGCGGAUAGCAAUCCACACCCGUCCGAGGUACAGCAGCCCCAACCGCACCCACACCACCAUCUCGGGCUCGGUGGUCCGACGGCACCGGACGCGCGCACCCAUCACACCAUGAUGAAGGUGGAGAUGGAGGACAGUGCCGGUCCGAUUUAUCCACGGCCGAUCUAUCACUACGAUCCAUCCACGUGCGGUGCAAUGCCGCCCGGCUUUUCCGCGAUCAAUCUGAGCGUGAAGGAAUCGAGCCCACCGCUGCACACACCGGCGUACAAGACCGGCCCCGGAUCACCUUCGCCGAAUGGGCGGCGAGCGGGUGAUGAAAGGGGGAAUAAGAUAUCGUCCAGCAGUCCAGAGCCGCAGGUCAGCCCGACGGUUGGCCGCCGGAACAGCAGUCCCCAGGCAUCACUAGACCUGAGCUCCAACAAUAGUGGUGGCACGAGUCCCCAGUUUCCGAACCGCCAGAGUGCGAACAUCAACACCAACACCAACACGACCAGCACCAGUGGUAAUACGAGCAAUACCAAUAGCAACGCUGUGUAUACGAGCGAGGUAAGCGAAAGCCGCCCGACGGAGGUGAAUGCGAACGAGUACGGCAAUACGGCGGAACGUCCGCUCGGCAUGAGCUUUGCCCGGCCUCAGCCGCCGUCCGCAUCCUACAGCCGAGAGUCUACGCCCGACAGUGGAGGAUCGUACUAUGCGGACAGCUAUCGCGAUCAGAGUGGCUAUAGUCCGCACACCAGCUAUGGUAUGGUGGUACAGCCGGACUAUUCCAACGGGUAUCCGAGCUACGCACCGAACGCUUACCAGUACAGUGGUCCGUACGCGAGCUCGCUCGGCACUACCGUCUAUCCACCGACCGUACCGACAAGUUAUCCGGCCAGUUCGAGCUCGAGCUUUGUCACACCGCCCACCCUCGGACAGCACAUAGCACCGCACGAUAAUCUGCUGAAGGCUGGUUCUUUCCUGUGCAGUUUGACUGGCUACCAGCGUCUAGAGCGACCUCAGUUUCCGUCACAGUCGCAGGAGCUCAAGUGUCCAACGCCCGGGUGCGAUGGGUCAGGGCACGCUACCGGCAACUACUCGUCACACCGCAGUCUAUCCGGAUGUCCGCGAGCGUCCAAACCGAAAAGCAAGCCGCGCGAUGGUCAGGAAUCGGAACCGCUAAGAUGUCCUAUUCCUGGGUGUGAUGGAUCGGGUCACUCUACCGGUAAAUUCCUCUCGCAUCGCAGUGCGUCCGGGUGUCCCAUCGCGUUCCGUAAUAAGAUGCACAUCCUCGAGAACGGUGGUACGAUCGAGCAGGCGAAGGCGGCUAUGGCGCAGGCGGCGGCCGGCAAGUUCGAACCGUUCACCUGCCCGACGCCGGGCUGCGAUGGUAAUGGGCAUGUGGAUGGGACGUUCAGCACACACCGCACGGUUGCCAGCUGCCCGACGGCACAGGGUGGCCCGGGACAGGCACCGUCCAGCAAGAAGCCACGGUACGGCGACACCGACACCGUGCUCGGUGGGCUCGGUCCGGUCGCGUCCAAGUCGUUCAACGACCUACCGGCGGGCUACGGUCAGAGCGUAAAGGGUGGCCUGAUGUCUGGCCCGGGUCCACUUCUGGUCGGGCCACCGCCUCCACCUCCACCACCACCGCCACCACCAGCACCGCUACCGACACAGGUGCCGUCUGCGCUGGGGGUUCUCGCGUCCGGCGGUAUACCGAUCACCGUCAUGCACGGUGUGCACGCUGGCGUUCCAAACCAUUGCGGUCCGGGUGCGGGCCCGGAUCAUCACCAUCAGCACCAUCAACAUCACCAACACACCGGAACGUCCGGUGACCGUGGGGCGGGAAAUCCUGCCGGCAUUGCGCUCGUAUCCAAUCCCACCAGCACCAGCACCGGCGGCAGUGGUGCUGAUCCCGGUGCUGGAGCCGCCGUUCCACCGGACAGUGGGACGAACGUCGCUACGGAGGAUAUACUGGCGCUGGACGAGGAGAUAACCGAGCUUAAGCGGGAGAAUGCGCGGGUCGAGCUGCAGAUGCUGCGGCUCAAGUCGAACAUUAACGCGAUGGAGUCGCAGCUGAACAACAACAACAACAACAACCACGAGCCAAAGCUGCUAGAGAUUGGAACGCGCGGGAUCACAUGAAACUUCCUCACCUGUUAGGCCGUU